AUGGCAUCAAUUGGUGGUUUAGCCACAGCGUUUAACGUCGCUAUCGGAUGCUCAGCCAUUCUCGGAAACGGUUUGGUGAUUUUCGUCAUGACGGUCAGACAUAAACAGUUCAGCUCCUUCACUAACCGACUUAUCCGUCACCAAUCCAUCAUCGACUUCGUCUCUGGCGUAGCAUCCACGUACAAUCUGGUGGUGAUAUCGCUGGAGCGUUUUCUUGCCACGUGCCAUCCGGUCAAACACCGCAACUACUGCUCACUCUUCAAGAUCAAAGUUUCAAUGUGUGUUGCUUGGAUCAUCGGUAUCACCUACUCGCUGAGGUUUUUCUUCGUGUUCAAAGUCAAUGGUAGAAGUAUGAACCAGGAUUUAGUCUCUGAUGGAUGGAAGAUUGAGAAGGUCUAA